AUGACUUCGCAUCACCAUACAUCUUUUAUCUUUGUCAUUGGGGGAACUGGGGCUCAAGGCAUCCCAGUGGUUCGAGGCCUUGUCAAGGACAAAAAGUACAAAUGCCGAGUCUUGACUCGGGACGUCAACUCGGCCAGAGCGAAAGAGCUGUUGGCCUUGGGGAAUGUCGAGUUGGUCGAAGGUACUUUUGCCAACGACGAUGAUCUUCGACGAGGGUUCCGUGGCUGUGACGGUGCAUUUGUCAACAUUGACGGCUUCAACUGUGGAGAGAAGACUGAAAUAUACUGGGCCAUCCGGAGCUACGAGUUGGCUCUCGAGGAAGGCAUCAAGUUUUAUGUCUAUGGCAAUCUUGAUUAUGUCUACAAGAAGAGUGGUUACGAUCCUAAAUUCAGGACCGGACAUUACGACGGCAAAGGAAGAGUGGGGGAAUGGAUCCUAACACAGAACAAAGUCAACAGUGACAAGAUGGGAGUGGCUGUCUUUACCACCGGGUGA